UAUCUUGAUUUACUUACGAAUCCAUUCAAUGAAAAUGAAUGGAAUCAUCUUUCACUUGGCCCAUCAUUUAUACGAUUAAAUCAAAGUGCUAUUCGUCCUGUAAAGCAUCAAGAAGCUGAAAUUAAAAAUGAACAUAAAGAAAUUACAGAAAAAGUUCACAGUCAUCUUAUUCAAAAACAUAGUAUCCCAUGCAAAGCACGUAUUUUAACAGACUAUUCGAAUGAUGUUUUUGAUCAUUUCAAUCAAUGUUAUUUUACUCCGCUAUCAUGCAAAGAACAAAUUGAAGUGUUUGAACAAGCACAAAAGACUGCAACAAUUCGACAAAAAAUUAAAAAACAUGAUCUCAUUCUUCGUGUUACUGAUAAGGGUAAUAAUUUUUAUAUUGGUUCAGCAAGUGAAUUUGAAAAGAAAGCUGAAAAAUUUUUCCAAGAAACAAAUGCUUUUAUUGAAAUUUCAAUUAAUCCAUUCAAUCAAAUUCAAGAUCAUGUUAUUCAAUUACUCAAUCGAUUACGUUCAAAACAAUUUAUUUUACAAUGGCAAUAUAAUGAAAUGAUGCCCGAUCGAGAAAACUCUGAGCUAGCACAUUUAUAUUUUAAUCCAAAAACUCAUAAGGAUGGCAUACCAGUUAGACCAAUCGAAAGUACAAUACAUUCAUCAACAAGAAAUAUAUCACAAUUUCUAGAUAAAAUCAUACGACCUAUAUUUGAUGAAAAAUGUGCUUCAACAACUAUUAUUGAUGGAGCUUCUUUAAUUAAAGAACUUCUUAAAUAUAUUAAAAAAGGUCUCGUGAAACCAACAACACUUUUUUGUACAUUUGAUAUUCGGAAUUUAUAUACAAUGUUACCACAAGAUGAAGCACUUGAUAUUCUAGUUGAAUUUCUUCAAUUCUAUGGUUACACUAAAGUAAAAGGUAUUAAUCUCGAAACAAUUCGAGAAUUAGCUGCUAUUGUAUUAAAAGAAAAUGUUUUUGUCUAUGAUAAAAAAAUUUAUAAACAAGUUCUUGGUGGUGCUAUGGGUUCAUCAUUUACAUUAACAUUAGCAAAUAUUUUCAUGUGGAAAUGGCAAAAAGAACUUGUUCGACGACAGGAUAUGACAGAUGAAUUUUAUGGCCGAUACAUUGAUGACAUUUUUAUGACAUGGAAUAAAUCAGAAAAAUCGUUAAAAGAUUUAUUAGAUGAUGCAAACAAAUGGCAUCUAAAUAUUAAAUUAGAAUACAGCAUCGGUAAAAGUCUUCCAUUUCUUGAUGUUUCUUUUACAAACAAUAAUGGCAUUCUAACAACAUCGGUAUAUCACAAACCAGCUGCUGAAUCUUAUGUUGUACCAUUCAGAUCUGAUCGUCCUCGACAUGUCUUCGUCAAUGUUAUACAAACCAGUCUUUCACGUGCUCUAAGAUACUCAUCUACAUUUGAAAAUUUCAAUAAUGAACGACGCUAUAUUCAAUUAAGACUACUAUAUAAUGGGUGAGUCUUUCUUUUUCUUUAUUUCAUAUAUGUUAAAUUUCACUAAUAUAUUACUGAUUAGAUAUUCAUCGACAUUUAUUGAUAAAGAGAUUCAAAAAUUCUUCUAUGAAUAUACAUCUUCAAUGUCAUUUUUACCUAUUAUUGACAAUGUCGAACAAUUUUUCCUAAUGCAUAACAAACUAUUAGGCCAACCAACAUCCAGACAAUCACAAGUGGCACUAAGUGCAGCCACAGCCGACCUCGACAACGAUCAAACAGAUGACAUCAACAGUAAAUCGAAGAAAACAAUAAAUCAAAAUCCUGCUCAAAACCAAUACGAUGCACACCAAAUCAUCAUACAUUACACACAUGAGAAAAGAUUUCAAUCAAUGAAACAAGAUAUGCACAAAUUAUAUGAGAAAGUUUUCACGGACACACCGGUCGAACAUGUCAAAAUGAUAGUCGGCAACCGUAAUCGUCGCGAUGCAACACAUGAACUCAUUAGAAAAAAAGACCCACAAACAGACUACUACAGAACAGACCAAUUACUAGUAUGAUUCCAAAAGAUCAAAAAAUUUCUCAUCCAUACAUGAACAACAAUUAUUUUCAUAUUCUAGAACGACGAAAACAAGAACAAAAUCUCCGACAAAACCAUAUACCGACAACAACACAGCAACAACAAUAAUAAUCAACGAUCUGCGUACAAACAUACAAACCUACGAAACAAUCCAUGAACACAUAAAAAACAAUAAGCAUGUAAGGAUCUGCUCUAGAAAUACUAUGUUUCUUGAAAAAAAAAUAAAGAAUACAAAAAAAAAACAAAAUCCAAAUCCAACCAUCAAAAAAAAAAAAAUCCACAUAUAUAAAUUGAAUUUGUUGAGUCCCUUUGCUCGGACGAAACAUAUGUCAUGGCAGCUGGUCACAC